AUGGCACAGUCGUGGAUAACAGAGGUGAGUAUGGAGCUUGAUACAGAGACUCCUAAACCCCCGGCGCCUCCUAUUCCUCCGCCGCCCCCACCCGACCCUCCCACGCCCUCUGCUGUUCAAGCGGGAGCUCAGAUCAGCUACGCUGCGGCACCUCCUGGCGCGACUGGCGGAGGUCCAAAUGGCGUCAUGCCUUCGGGCGCGCCGGCUUUCUACCAGGAUCCGUACAGUUCUUUCUCCCAGUAUGGUGGUGCACAACAAUAUGCAGAUCCCCAGGCUUCUCAGUGGGCGGGCUACUACCCAGGGUAUAACUACAACAACGGCCAUCCCCAGCAGUAUCAGGCGUACCCGCCAGCCCCAAGCUAUCAGGGGUACGUCCAAGAUGCGCAGCAGCAGCAAUUUGGGCAACAGGCUUAUGCCCAGCAGUGGCCGGGGUAUGCAACUGCUGUACCUCAACCUCAGCCGGUUGCUCCUCAAGCAUACCCAGCCCAGGCCCCUCACCUGCAAGGUCAACCAUAUCUGCCGACCCCCGAGAUAGCGCAGGCGCCAGUACCGGCACAAGCACCAGGUAUUGCGGCACCGUUGCCCCCCCCCCCCCCCCCCCCCCCCCC